UAAAAUUUGGUGAAAUCUCAGGCUGGACGUUCUUAUAAAAAAAUAGUGUUAUCUACGUCAAAUCAAGAUAUCCCUUCGUUACUUGUUGUGGUUGUUUCUUGUUUCUUUUGAUUUCGGGGGAACUCUCGUCGCGAGCGGAAGAUCGAUUUUCGCAAGCGCGCCUAAAUCCUCGAGUAGCCCAGCCUAUCAGGAAGCAGGGUUGAGCACGCGCGUUGUGACGCACCCUUCCCUCUCGGUUUCUGUGGCAACUUCAUAAAUAUUUAUGCGAAGAUUUCUCAGUCACAAAAAGCCAGACGUUUUUCACGAGGAAGUCUAUCAGUUUUACUUUCAGAAAAAUUAUUUGAAUUGUUCUCAACUAAAGAUGUCUGCGUUUGCGAGGAGCGCCCGAUUUGGUUGCCCUUCAAGGUCAAAUAUGUUGAGGCUGAAAUUUGACAAGUCAUCGCUUUGCCCUCGAAAGGUGGUUAUCCCACCUUCCUCUUGCAAGCGGCCGAGCUCGACACUGAGCAAGAAAGGAAGCGAUUGGAAGCCACCGGUGAUCAGAGGGAACGAAGCAGUCUCAACACAGCUUAGUGCAGUCCCUGAUAAUACGGCAGCACCUGCUUGUCGACAAGAAAGUCGCGAAUUUGCAAAUAAGGGAUCUCCUGAUAAGAUCACAGACACAAUCAAGCACUCUACUUGUGUGGUCCCAGUUAUCUCGGGAGCUAGGAUUCAAGAAGAUCUAAAACACUACAAACAACAAACUGAAACCUUGGAAAGUCUUUUUGCCGCAGUAAAUCAUAACAAUGAAAACCUCAUUAACGAAAACCUCCUCCUUCAAGCUGAACUAGAUAAUCUAAACAAUGAGCUUAAAGCCAAAGACAACAGGAUUGAAUCCCUUCAAGAUGAGCUUGAACGUAUGGAAAAUGAGAAAACAGAGCUAAGGGUGGAGCUGAGGGGAGCAGAGAGGUCUACAGAGGCCACCAAGGGUGUGAUGGCGACGAUGAAAGAAAUGCUCAGGAAGAAUGAUGAGCAGAAAUUAGCUCUGCAGAAGUACAUCGAUGAUCUUGAGCUGGAGAACAGUGAACUCACUUCACAGCUCGGUAGAUCAUUAGAAAAUCUGAAACAUCUCGACCAGAUCCAUGAGAACACAGCAGUCUCCAGUGAGAAUGCCCUUGAGAGAAUAUCAGGACAGGUUGAUGUGCUGAAUACAGCGCUCAAAAAGCUAAGAGAAGAGAAUUCAAGACUAAAGAGUAAGCUAGGUGCUAUAAAAGAUCAUGCUUGGGAAUCUGUACCCAAAGAGACCCCCAAAACAUCCUUUGCCUCACAGAAAGUCAUCAAGCUAUCAAGUCCAUCCACAGACCUGACACUAGACCAGGUGCACAACCAUGUCUUCCUGGCACUAACAACUCUCAGCCAAUCAGAGAGGGAGCUAAUUAGCCAGCGCAACUUCAGGCGUUUAAAGAUGGUUCGUGUUAACCUGAUGGACGCCCUGAAUUGUGUGAGUGGUCAUGUGAUAGGCAAGCCCCUAGGAGCACCUUUGAUAGCUGGACAAGUGCACCAUUGUUAGUGGCCUAGUCUCUGCAAUAGACUGUCCCUGUUCUGCCCUGAGGGAACUGAAUAUGUACUCCACUUGGGAAAACAAUGAGAACAACAAAUGUAUCAAAUUUAUUGACCAAUACUACAAUAUCUCCAUACAUGUAAUUAAAUAUAGAAAUAAUAUGUAAUUAUUCCAAUAAUUAUCAAUGUUAAUUGGGCUGAUUUCAGUAUGAUGUGAAUAUCUUAAUAAACUGACAGCCAUACAGUACCUAGAGAGUAAGAUAUUUCAUCAUGUGAUGUUUGUUAUGUUCAAAUAUAGAGUAAUUGAUUACUCUCAGGGGGUGGAGAUAAUUUUAGAAUAGUUUUCAAGAAAGAUUUAUUCGUUGAUUCCUAUAAAACGUGACAGACUAUACAACAGGGCUUUAGCAAGGGGUGGGGCACUGGGGUAUUGGUACAUCCUCCCCUGUAUUUAAAAAAAAGAAAUGACUAGUAAGGAUGUGGCUGGUCCCCCUAUAUUUUUCUUAAUCUUUCUGUAUUAUAUCCCUUUCUGUAUAUAUUCUGUAUUAUAUCCUCCCAUAUUUAAAUGUCUGGUACUACAUGAAAAAAUCGCUGGGCUCACUUGUUCGUUUUUUAAUACUGCACAACUCGUGAAUAAAAACUGUACAAAGCAUUAUAUACAUACUGAGAAAUUUAUCAUAAGCUUAUUACAUAACAUUUUAUUAGACUUGGCUGAAGAGGCUCCGAUGUGCUGUUCGACGGUUCAGUUGAAGACAGACAUUGAAAUGAAUCCGUCUCGCUAAUGUCACGCACGAAUCUGUAUCUCAUGUUACACAAGUAGUGCACUUUUUAAUCUCUAAAAUCUCGACAUCUAUGAAAAAAAUAAAUUACUGAAUGGAAAAUGCUUGUACGAUUUUUAUGCACUCGUUGAUGCGUUGGGAUUGAAGCUAUUCAAGUACAGUGAAAAAAUAUCGUUCGUCCAAUCAGAACCGCGAACGACUUUUCUUUACGGUGAAAAAACACCGUUCGCGUCUCCGAAUGGCUGAGACCAGUGAACGAACGAAAAUUUACUGAAUAUGUUUUCAGUGAGUAUUUCUCAGUAUGUAUAUAAUAAAGAUCAAUACUAGAUGAAUGCAUAUCAGUGGGUUUGUAUUCUGAAGUUUAGUACAGCACACGACCAGCAGGUCCACUUUCGAGGCUUUAGAAUUUAGAGAUUUUGAGAUGUAAGGCGCAAAAUUACAUCAGAGCAAUGGUACACACUACAGAGUGAAACUCAAACUUUGUGCGGAACGUGUCAUGUUCUGUUGGUAAUGAAGAAA